AGUUCAACAACGCGGAUUUCAGAUCCCGGCUUCCGAGCUAAGCCUUGACCGCACGGAAUUGGCUGUGCGGCCGUCACCCGCACCGCGGCCCAUUUGCAGUCGGAAGAAUCGGGCCCUAGCCGGCCGCCGUAGCCGCCUCUCUCUCUCUCCGUAGUGGGCGGGGCCAAGGCUGGGGUGACCCCGCCGGAGCUGCCGCUGCCAGCGACAUGUUCAAGGUAAUUCAGAGGUUCGUGGGGCCUGCCAGCCUGAGCCUGCUCACCUUCAAGGUCUAUGCAUCAUCAAAAAAGGACUCACCUCACAAAGAUACUGUGAAGGUUAAUGAGCUUUCACUCUACUCCGUUCCUGAGGAUCAGUCUAAAUAUGUGGAAGAACCAAGGACCCAACUUGAAGAAAGCAUCUCUCAUCUCCGACAUUAUUGUGAACCAUAUACAAGUUGGUGUCAGGAAAAGUACUCCCAAAAUAAGCCCAAGAUGCAAAGUUUGGUUCAAUGGGGGUUAGACAGCUAUGAAUAUCUCCAAAAUGCACCUCCUGGAUUUUUUCCAAGACUUGGUGUUAUUGGUUUUGCUGGAGUUGUUGGACUUGUUUUGGCUAGAGGUUCAAAGAUAAAGAAGCUUGUGUAUCCACCUGGUUUCAUGGGAUUUGCUGCCUCUCUUUAUUAUCCACAGCAUGCCAUUGUAUUUGUCCAGGUCAGUGGAGAGAAAUUGUAUGACUGGGGUUUACGAGGCUACAUUGUCGUAGAAGAUUUGUGGAAGGAGAACUUUCAAAAGUCAGGAAAUGUGAAGAACUCACCUGGAAAUAAGUAGAAUACUCCAUGCUCUGCCCAUUUUAAUCAGGUAAACAUUGGAAACUCCAUAUGGUAAACCAGUAUUUCUACAGAAAAAUGGCAGAGAAGUCAGUAUUGAAUGUAGUAAAUUGGCAUUCUUCUGGAAAAACUACCCUAGGCCUCUUUGUUAUCUUGGGUGAUGCCAUACUCCAAGUGGACUAAUCUGAAAUUCUUCCACCUAGAGAUAAUGUAUAAGCCUUAGAACUCCUCGUUCUCAUGUUGCUAUUUAUGUACAUAAUUAAAGAUCUAAGUUAAAAAAA